GCGAUGUCCCUCAAACCGCUCUUUCGCUACUUCCCGCCGUGGAAGAACUUUGGCGAUGCCCCCGACGUCGUGGCCAUCAAGGCUCGGCUAGCGGAGGCCCGCAGAGAGGCGACCACGCCCAGGAACGAGUCCUCCCUCCCUGCCUCCAUCAAUCCGUAUGACCCGUGGGCCCACCCUGUCGAGUGCGUCAUCAAGAUGGCCCGCACCGAACCCGAUGCUCUCUGCAUCAACACCUACGAGAGCGGCGAUUCGGUACGCUACAGCUAUCUCCAAGUGUGGCAGAGGGCCUACUCGAUCAGCGAAGGCCUCAAGACGCUCCCUGGCUGGCACGAUGACGACCACGAGGUCGUUGGCAUCUUCUGCGAAACGGAAGCCCACUGGCUCUUCUUUUCGCUUGCUUUGUGGAUGCUCGGCAAGAAAACACUCAACUUUGCGCUGAACCUUCCCCCAGCGGUUCGAAAGGAGCUUGCUACGAGGCAUGGCGUCAAGUAUCUCCUCUACCACCACACCAAGCCAGGACGAACCGAGGGCGUUGUGCUCCUCGAUGGCGCUACCCUUCUGCUAUCGGAUACCAUCCCUCCGCCGUCCCUUGAGGUCUGUGGGCCCCUGGACGAGUUCGUUGCCUACAUCUGCACCUCCGGACAAGCAGGCGUUCCCGAGUCAUUCAAGUUCUCGCAUACCAACUGCAUCUCCGACAGAGACUCUAUCAUGAGCGUUUACAGCCGCGUUGGCCUGACCCAGCCACCUUCCUGUGCGGCUACUCUGUGGUACGCCCUGGCCGGCUUGAACCUCAGGGGAUCUCUGUGGUUCCCAACACCAACCCCGAACCCAGUCCAUAAGGCGCAGAGCGUCAUCAGUAUGUUGAACGAUGGCCUCCAGUUUACUUUCAUGCCACCUGCUUUCAUGAGGAUGAUGAUGGGUGUCGCUGUCUCCCAAAACGCCGCUGUCCGGUGGAAGAAUGUCAGGAGAGCCUCUUUGGGCUUGGAGAUGGUUCCGCCAACCGUCAUUUUCCAGGCCAAGAAGCUCUGCCCCAACGCCGAGGUCCAGUCGAUCUACUCCUCCUGUGAGAUGGCCCUGAUCGGAGCCGCGGCGUACUUUCGCCUCCCGGCUGAUGACCCCGUUACUCCGGCCAAGCUGAUCUACAAAGUCACCAAACCUGGCAUCCGAUGCCUGCUCCUUGAUGAAGAGGGCAAUAUCGUUGACCGACGCAAGUCCGAUGAGGGUAUUCUUGUCUUUGCCGCCGACAAGCACCAUCCAGCCAGGUACCACCCUGACUUUAUCAAUUCCGACCCGAAUAACAAGCUGGCCCCGUUCGGCUUCCUGUCCGAUGGCUCGCCUCGUGUCUGCACCAUGGACUGGGUCGAGAUGAAGAGCGAUAAGGAGUUUGUCGUCAUCGGCAGAUAUGACCAAAAGAUCAAGGUCAACGGCGUCUAUGUCGACCUGAACUAUCUCGAGAAACUCGUGCUCGAGCGCUUUCCAAAUAACUUUGCGGAAUGCAUGUUUGUCCAGACGUACGAGAAGCGGAUCAUCAUGAUGUACACCCCCAGACACAAGAAUCCUCCGCGACCUGUCCCAAUCGACACUCUUCUCAUGACCCAAGAGCUCUUCAUUACCAUGAAUGCCCCCAGAUUCCCGAUCCACAACUGCUUCAUCAUGGACUUCAUUCCUAUGACCGAUACCGGCAAACGCGAUCGCAAGACAAUCAAACGCAUGGCCGAGAACGCCGACAUGUACGGCAGGUGCGUCGUCUAUCCCGAGAUCAUCACCCACCAAUCGGCCCUCACCCGCAUCGCCAGCAAGGUCGCAGUCAUCGGAAGCCAUAUCCUUGGAGCUAGUAUGCUCGGUGGCCGCAACUACCACAUUGCCGGCGCCAGCUUUGAUUCGAUGAGCGCCGCUCGCUUUUCAAUGGCCCUCAAGGACGAGUUUGACGUGCAACUCUCGCCGGCGAUUCUGCUCUCCAAUGGCGUAACACCGCUUGAUAUCGCCCAGCUGAUCACCGACAUCUACGAGAAGCAGCCACUGAUGCCCCCCGCCACCGACUUCAACCAAGAAGUCGCGAGUCUGGACGAUCCGAGCGUGACGGCCGAGGGCUUUCCUCCGUUCGUGUAUCCCAAGGACCCUCGAGGCAUCGUCAUCACCGGCGCCACAGGAUUCCUUGGUGUGUUCCUGGUCUACGAGCUUGCCGAAAAGUUCCCCCACGCCAGGAUCUACUGCCUCGUCCGAGAGACGCAUCCGCUCGACGCUGCCGGCCGAGUUCUCGAGAGCGCAUAUCGCCUCAUCUUGGCAGCCAGACAGAAGGGCAAUCCCAAGUACUACAUCAGCGCCCGGCUCGAGGGACUUCCUGGCGACCUGAGCAAGGAGAACUGGGGGCUCUCGCCUGGAAUGUGGAAGCGGGUGUGCGAGGAAACCGACAUGAUUGUGCACUGUGGCGCACAGGUCCAUUGGAACCACAGCUACGAUAAGCUCAAGGAACCCAAUGUCCUCGGUACAAUGACUGCUUUGCGUCUGGCCACAACCCACCACCUGAAGCCUCUCCACUUCAUAUCGACCAUUAGCGUGAUUCCGAUGACCAGAACUGCCACCGAGCCCCUCAAGGAAAGGAUGUACCCGACAUGGAGCGUUUCUAGCGGCUAUGCGCAGACCAAAUGGGUCGCUGAGCAGCUGAUCUACAAUGCCCGAUCGAGAGGUGUUCCGGCGACAAUCAUCCGACCAUCGAUGGUUGCUGGCGACACUGUCUAUGGAGUGUGCAACACCGACGACUUUUUCUGGCGAUACAUCAAGGGAUGCAUGCAUUUUGGAAUUGCACCGGCAUAUGCCUCUCCCGUUAUGAUACCGAUUGAUCCUGUCGACUAUGUGGCCAGAGUCAUCGCGGAGAUUGUGGCUUCGGAUGAAUCAAUCUCCAAGUUUGUGUUCCACAUCAGCGACUCGGAAAACAGUAUCAUGACUGAGAAGAGGCUGUUCGAAAUCCUCAACGCCAAGGGCUGGGUGGUUCGGUUUGAUACCCGCGAGAUGUUCAAGGGCCGCCUCGAGGCCAACCCUUCGCCAGAAUCCAAGGGAAUGACCCCGCUGCUCAACACGAUGAUGGAUAUGUCCUUCAAGGUCGACAACACCAACACUCGCUCGAUCUUCCCGAUCCCGGGUCCCUCCGCUGAGAUCACUUUCAUCAAAUGCCUCACGUACCUCUAUCGCUUUGGCUACCUUCCAGCUCCCGUGAAGCCCCUUAUUCCGGAGAGACCGCAAGAGUAUCCCGAGCUUGAUAUCUUUGCCCACUCCGGCCGCCGUUGAUCGUUUGUGCAGUCUUGCCUCUGAGAAUUAGAAUUGCGACCCCCCCCCAGUACCAUCAAUCUUGCGAGCCCCCCCCCAUACGGACCGUCACGGCUCCCUCGCGAAAAGCGGUCCACACUGCUUUUACGUGACCCAUGGUCCGCGCUACUUUAUUUCUGAAUACAUAAAUGUCUCUCCGUCG